GCUCCAGUUUUGGAUUUUUUAACUUCUCUCGGUUUGUUGACGCAUCCAUAUUGUUUUAGCUCAGUGCAGGACUGGGGGGAGGAAGUCGAGGAAGGAGCCAUCUACAACGUGACACUGAAGAGGGUUCAGAUUCAACAGGCAGCUAACAAGGGAGCAAGAUGGCUGGGGGCGGAGGGCGAUCGGCUCCCUCCCGGCCACACGGUGAGCCAGCAGGAGCACUGCAAAAUCCGCAGCAUCCGUGCGGGGACGCUGGAGAGACUGGUGGAGACGCUGUUGACGGCGUACGGAGACAACGACCUCACCUACACCUCCAUCUUCCUGUCCACGUACAGAGCGUUCACCUGCACGCAGACCGUCCUGCAGCUGCUGCUCGACAGUUAUGGAUGCAUGGAGGAAAAUGGACACGACACAGAGAGACGCCAUGGCCCGGAAACAAUCGGAGCCAUCAGAAAUGCCUUGGCCUCUAUCCUGUGUGCCUGGCUGGACCAGUGUCCUGAAGACUUUCAGGAGCCUCCUGACUACCCAUGUCUGCACCGGCUGAUGGACUACCUGCGUAAAGCUCUGCCCGGGUCCGAGGCUCUCAGACGGGCAGAGAAUCUGCUCGAGCAGCUGCAGAGUCAGGCUGGCAUGGAUGACAAUGAUGGUGGUUUCCAUGCCAACAGUUCUUUCUGCCUGGGGGAAGAUGAGGAAGUAGAAUUUGAGGUCCACGAGGACUUCCUGUCUUUCGAUGCCGACCUGGUGGCUGAGCAGCUGACCUACAUGGAUGCGCUGCUGUUUAAAAAGGUUGUUCCUCACCACUGUCUGGGCUCCAUCUGGUCUCAGAGAGACAAGAAGCACAACAAACACUGUGCCUCCACCAUCCGAGCCACCAUCACGCAGUUUAACGCCGUGGCCGCCUGCGUGGUCAGCACGGUGCUCAAACACAAGCAGAUCAGACCGCAUGUCAGAGCGAGGCUCAUCCAGCGCUGGAUAGACAUCGCUCAGGAGUGUCGGAUACGUAAGAACUUCUCGUCCCUGCGAGCGAUCGUGUCGGCGCUGCAGUCGAAUCCCUUGUACAGGCUGAAGAGAGCGUGGGCCUGUGUGCACAAGGACAGCAUGCAGACGUUUGAGGAACUGUCCGACAUCUUCUCAGACCACAACAACUACCUGACCAGCAGAGAGCUUCUCAUGAGGGAAGGCACUUCAAAGUUCGCCAGUCUGGAGAGUUGUGCCAAGGAGCACCAGAAACGCACCCACAAGAGGCUGCAGCUGCAGAGAGAGAUGGGAGCGAUGCAAGGAACGAUACCGUACCUGGGGACUUUUCUAACCGACCUAACCAUGUUGGACACAGCGCUGCCGGACCUAGUAGAGGGCUGCCUCAUCAACUUUGAGAAGAGACGCCGGGAGUUUGAGGUGAUCGCUCAGAUCAAGCUGCUCCAGUCGGCCUGUAACAGCUACUGUCUGACUCCAGAGUCGACCUUCCUGCGCUGGUUUAAGCACCAGCUUCAGCUCAGUGAGGAGGAAAGCUAUUCUCUGUCCUGUGAGAUCGAAGGUCUCGGCGACAGCAGUCCAACUUCACCCAAACCUCGGAAAAGCAUGGUGAAGAGACUCAGCCUACUGUUCCACGGACCGGACAGCAGCACAGCCACUUCUCCAGUCAGAGAGUUGCCAAGGUCGCCCCCCACUGGCAGCUCAGGGGAGAGCAUGGACUCAGUCAGUGUGUCCUCCAGUGACUCGAGCAGCCCGUCAGACAGCGAAGCACUCACUCCUCUGACUCACACCUCGGACUCCCAGCACAACAAGCUAUCCGAAUCGUCCUCCUGUAAUUCCCUCCACUCCAUGGACACCAGCUCGUCGACGGCCAGCGUCCCCAUGUCCCCUCCACCUCCCUCUCACCCCGGUGCCCCCUGCACCCACAGACGCUCCCUCUCCCUCACCCCCUUGUCCCCCGCGUCCCCGAGUCAAACCCCAGCGUAUAACACCCAGGCCCAGGACGUGUGCAUCAUCAGGGUCAGCCUGGAACACGGCAACGGGAACCUCUACAAGAGCAUACUUUUGACGAGUCAGGACAAAACACGAGCUGUGAUUUCUAGAGCAAUGGCGAAGCACAACCUGGAGGUGGAGCCAGAGGAAGGAUAUGAGCUGGUACAAGUCAUCUCUGAGGAGAGAGAGUUGGUGAUCCCAGACGGCGCCAACGUCUUCUACGCCAUGAACACCUCGGCCAACUUUGACUUCCUGCUGCGCGUGCGAGGCUCGGCCGCGCGGUUGGUGCAGCUGCGGAGCCGCUGCAGCUCCACGCUCCCUCGAGCCCAGCACCGCUCGAGCCUCUCGCUCAGACUCAGCAAAGUCACGCUGUGACACAUGCACCGACACGACCCAGUGGUUUGCCCUCACGCCACUAACCCAGGACAACCCAGGACAACACAGGGCCAAGAAGUGAGCUUCUGACUUUUGAAGGGCUUCACCUUGACUCUUAUUUAGUGUCUUCUCUUGUGAACAGCCUUGACGUAGAGCGCGUGACUGCUGUGCCAGUGGGACUGUGAUUUUCACUCGCGAUGCCUGUGACCCCAAGUGGCCUCCGCUUUUUAACUACAACAGGUUUUUCUUUUUUUUUGUUUGCACAUGUUGUGUGGGAGGAGCCAAACUCCCGACCUCCGACAGUAUUCUGAUAUUAAAACGUCCUGUGAUGUGUGUGUAGCUGAAGAACUACUUUUCUGGUAAUAGAAGAGUGACGAUGCAGAAUUGUCCUGUUGCCUUUUUCUUUUUUUUUAAAUGAUGACAGUAAUCUGAAUGAUAUUGGUGAUCUGAUUGACCAGAGCUGUGAUGUCAUUGUUCA